AUGGCCUUGUCUGCUCUUGCAGUAGUGCUUCUUUUGGGCUUCACUACCUCUUCAAGUGCCACUUGGUGCGUUUGCAAGGAUGGAAGUGAUACCAUACUGCAGAAGACAUUAGACUAUGCUUGUGGAGCUGGGGCUGAUUGUAACCCUUUGCACCAAAAUGGCCCUUGUUUCCAACCCAACACUGUUAGAGCUCACUGUAACUAUGCAGUUAACAGCUAUUUCCAAAGGAAGGGUCAAGCUCAAGGCUCUUGUGACUUUGCAGGAACCGCCACUGUUACUGCAUCAGAUCCCAGUACUGCAGGAUGUUCCUACCCUGCGAGCGCCAGCACUGCAGGCACUGCAACACCCACUGGGACAACCACUGCUUCUUCUGGGACCUCUUCCUCUCCAUACAGUUCCACACCAGGAGGAGUAUUGGGAGGGAUUGGCAAUGGCAUGGGCCCUUCUGGAGUUGGCACCAACACAGAUGAUAGUCAUGGUGGGCUUAUGGACAUUAGUUUCUUCAUAUCCCUCUUGACAGGGUUGGUGAUGAUUCUGUACUGGUGGGGCUGA